AUGGAUACACAUCAAGUUGCUAACAUCGAAUUUGCUGAGAACAGCGAAGUGAACUUAAAGUGUGAGCCGUCGCGUAAGGGCUCUCUUGUACUCUGGUUCCGAGUCCAGGAGACAGGUGUACAUUUCAUAGCAUCUUUCACCAGUAGUGGCCAGGUAAAAACGACCCUCGACGCACCUUUCGAUAGUAAAAAGAUUGACAACAACAUCCUCAUCCUGAAAGGGUUCCAAAAGGCACGAGACGCUGGACUGUACAGCUGUGCUUCAAUCAACAACAAUGCGCUGCACUUUGGGAAAGCAACGCGCAUUGAAGGACUUUCAGAGCCAAAACCAACCGUUAAGGCGACAACAAAGAAAGCUCCCACAAAAGCAGCGGACACUGUCCUCAAGUGUACCAGGGAACCUUGCCAGUGCGAGGAAAGAACGAAUACCUACAGUAAGUAUUUCCUCACCGGACUGCAGUCAGGCAUUAUAUAUUAUAGAACGAUGAUUGACAUGCACAAAGGAGCAAUAACAGCCACUGCUGUUGGUAGCAAACCAUUUAUCAGUACUUGCCAUGCACAUACACAUGUGCACGGAUGUACUUGCAUGCACAGACACAUACGCCCGCAUGCACACAUACACGUACACACACACACACACUUCCAUAUUUAUUUUUCAGAAACUACAGCGAGCUGUUCUUGGAUAAUCUGGACCCCAGUGGCUGGUGGGUGUGGACUGCUCUUCAUCAUCCUCAUCAUCAUCAUCUGUUACUGCAACCGGAUGAGAAAAAGGCGAUGCCCCCACCAUUACAAAAGAAGGCCGAAAAGCCAAGCACGAGUGCGUCAGGCCAGUCCAGACAGAUACGUCUGACCGACAUAUAAGGUAGUGGGGGUGAAAUUGCUACUGGGAAAUCGAGCUCCCGCAGAAGAUGCUCCAUCACCACAUCUUCUGCCUCAGACCCCCAGAUUACGUGCAGAAAGCCGCGGACAUUUCAGUUUGGUUUGUCUGCAUGGGUAUCACUUUAGAGCAACACACACACACACACACACACACACACACACACACACACAC